AUGGUUUCCAGGAAUGUGAACUCGUGUGAAUCUGUUUUCAUAGUUGUGCUUAUUUAUGUUGAUGAUCUUAUUGUGGCUGGGAAUGAUGCAAAAUCAUGUGUAAAAUUCAAACAAUAUCUCAGCGAGUGUUUCCACAUGAAAGACUUGGGAGGGCUGAAGUACUUCCUCGGUCUAGAACUGGUUCAUGGUCCCUCCGGAUUGUUCAUAUGUCAAAGAAAUUAUACCUUGGACAUACUAAACGAAUGUGGGAUGCUAGCUUGCAAACCUGCAUCUCUGCCACUUGCACCAAAUCAUAAAUUAGCAUUGGAUUCGAGUCUUUUAUAUGAUGAUCCUUCAAAGUACCGCAGAUUGGUGGGCUGA